ACACUCCAACCCAAUAGGUGGCAGUGUGCACCUUGAACGAUAGUCUUUAACCCGUCACACCAACAGAAGAAGAAGAGGCUGCUGGCGCAUGCGCAGUCGCUGCGAGAUUCCGUGCGAGGACUGCUGUCAGUCACUGGGACACCGCCAUGUCCAAAGAGCAACAGACCCCCCGUGAGCCCGAGCAGCUCCGAAAACUGUUCAUCGGGGGCCUCAGUUUCGAGACAACGGAUGAGAGUCUAAGAGCCCACUUCGAGCAAUGGGGGGCUCUUACAGACUGUGUGGUGAUGAGGGACCCCAACACCAAGAGGUCGAGGGGUUUCGGGUUUGUGACCUAUAGUUCGGUGAAUGAGGUGGAUGCAGCGAUGGACGCUCGUCCGCACAAAGUGGACGGAAGAGCUGUUGAACCCAAGAGGGCGGUGUCUAGAGAAGACUCGUCCAGACCAGGCGCUCACUCCACUGUUAAAAAGAUGUUUGUGGGCGGAAUCAAAGAAGACACGGAUGAGGAACAUCUGCGCGAGUAUUUCACCCAGUUUGGUAAAAUAGAGGAGGUGAACAUCAUGACUGAGAAGAACAGUGAUAAGAGGAGGGGCUUCGCCUUCAUAACAUUUGAUGACCAUGAUGCUGUUGACAGGAUUGUCAUACAGAAAUACCACACAGUGAAUGGACACAACUGUGAAGUCAGGAAAGCUCUCUCCAGAGAGGAAAUGAACAGGGUGUCGGUUAAUCAACGAGGUGGGCGAGGAGGAGGAGGUGGUGGAGGAGGAGGAGGAGGUAGCGGUGGCGGCGGUGGUGGAAACUUUGGCAGAGGUGGAGGUGGAGGCUAUGGAGGUGGAUAUGGAGGAGGAAGAGGUGGUUACGGUGGAGGUGAUGGAUAUAAUGGCUACGGAGGGAAUGGUGGCUAUGGUGGAGGUGGACCUAAUUACGGAGGCAACCGUGGUUAUGGUGGCGGCGGAGGUGGUGGUGGCUAUGGAAACCAGGGUGGAGGCUACAGUGGCGGCGGUGGCUAUGAUAACUAUAACAGUGGUGGUGGAGGCAACUUCGGAGGAGGCAACUUCGGAGGUGGCGGGGGCUACAACGACUUCGGCAGCUACAACAAUCAAUCUUCCUCUAACUACGGCCCGAUGAAGGGAGGAAACUAUGGAGGUGGUGGAAGGAGCGGUGGUGGUGGAGGCCCAUACGGCGGUGGUUAUGGAGGAGGCUCUGGUGGUGGUUAUGGAGGAGGCUCUGGUGGUGGUUAUGGAGGAGGCUCUGGUGGGCGAAGGUUUUAGAUUCCAGGGCCACAGUACUUAGAGGAGAGCCAGAGAGAGAUGACAGGGAAAGGAGAGAAGCAAGCAGGUUUACACCUAGAUCUGCCCAGCCAAGCAGUGUGGUGGCAAUAUUAACGUCUGCCAUGCGAAGAGAACGUGUUCAAUAGGGGAGGAAAAUCAUGUGGGAAUGAGGGUGGGGGGUGGUUGUUGUGUGAAGGUGUAAAAAAAAAAAAAAAAAAAAAACGUUUUAAAAAUUUAUUAGUUUGUAGUUUUCCCUUUUUUGUCUGUGAAGUGCAAAGCAUUCCAAUGAGAUUUUAUGCAGGGUUUAAUUGUUGUGUUGGCUUUUCUCUUGAACCAGUAGGGUGUCUUUCUUUUUUCUUUUUUUUUUAUGUGAACAGUCACCAAUCAAGAUUAAAUAAACCGCUCCAGUUUUUUUAUUUAA